AUGUGUGGCAGGACGGCUUGUGCUUUGGAGCCGAGCACGAUAUGUGCCAAAUGCCAGCUUAAUCUUCGUAACAACAAAGAAAUAGGGCAACCUAGCUGGCACAAUGCUCCUGGUGGUCAAAAGUAUUAUCCGUCAUAUAAUAUAUCUCCAGGAUCAUUCACACCAGUUCUAGUAUCAAACCAGUUCACUGAUACAAAGGAUAAAGGCCAUUCACUUCAGUGUUCAUUUCAAGAAGGCAAACGAUGUGUAGUUGUGGUUCAAGGAUUUUAUGAAUGGAAAGUUGGAAUCAAGAAAAAACAACCAUUUUAUUUUUGUCCUUCAAAUCCUGACAAAUUGCUUAUGAUGGCAGGUUUGUUCGCUCAUAAUUAUGAGAAACAGAUGUAUUCAUAUACCAUAAUAACCACAAGUUCAAAGGGCAUCAUGGCAGAUGUGCAUUCAAGAAUGCCUAUCAUUUUAGAUAACGAUGAUGAUAUUUAUGAAUGGCUGGAUCCCGCUGAAUCCAAUUAUAAACAAGCAUAUCAAUUUCUCACCGAUCUUGCAGACAAUCUGGACAAUGUGUCUGUCAUUAAAUAUCCCGUUACAUCUCAGGUCAACAAUUCCACGUAUAACGAGCCUAACUGUAUCAAACCGAUUACUGAAGAAGAAGAACACAAGAAAAUGACUAAAUCUUAUGGUAGCUCAAAUAUAAUGAUGCAAUUUCUUAAGCGUUCAAAUAAAGAUAGUACUUGUGACCAAACAAAUCCUGGCAACAAUUCUAGUUAUGAUGUUUCACACAAGAAUAUUGAUGCAAUAAAAAAGAGGAAGCAAAUCAAUAGAAUAUACAUAUACAUUUAUAUUUCCUUUAUUUUUAAUCAAAAGAAAAUUUUCAUUACUAAGCAUUUAUUAAAUCUCAGAUUAAAAUUUUGGCACAUAAUAUAA